AUGUCAGGGGACCUGGCAACCCAGAGCUGGGGCUACACAGAGAACUGUGUCCAGAAAUUUUCCUGCAGAUGGACCAUAAGUAACUUCCAUUUUUUUAUGCGGGAAACGAGAGAAGCCAUUAAAAGUCCUACCUUCUCAUCAGGAGGCAGUGACCAGAACCAAUGGUGUCUGAAAGUACACCCGAAUGGUGUCGAUGAAGAAAGCGAAGAUUACUUGUCGGUUUCCCUAAUGUUGCUCAGUUGCCCAAAGAGCCCAAUAUGGGCAAAGUUCCACUUUUGGAUCAUCAGUUCCGAAGGAGAGAAAACUCAAGGCAUGAAGAGUCCAAGAUACUUCAGAUUCAUUCAAAAUCAAUACUGGGGACUCAAAAAUUUCAUCCAUCAUUAUUUCCUGUUGUCAAGGGAGACUUGGCUUCUCCCAAACAAUGAGCUUUCUCUUCUCUGCAAUAUGACCCUUAUCCAAGACUUAUUCACUAUCACUGAACAGAGCAUGAUGCCAGAGAUUCAGGUUCCAAGAUGCACGAUGGCAGAUGAGUUAGGAGAGCUGUGGGAGAAUUCCCUCUUCACAGACUGCUGCCUGGUAGUAGCUGGCCAGGAGUUCCAGGCUCACAAGGCCAUCUUAGCAGCUCGCUCUGAGGUUUUCAGAGACAUGUUUCAACAUGACUUGAAGGAGAGUAGAACAAACCGCAUUGAGAUCCACGAUCUGGAGCCGCAAGUCUUCGAGGCAAUGAUGGGCUUCAUUUACACCGGAAAGGCACCAGACCUCCACAGCAUGGCAGAUGCUGUGCUGGCAGCUGCUGACAAGUAUGGCCUGGAGCAUUUGAAGGUUAUAUGCGAGGAUGCCUUGUGCAGGGACCUCUGCGUGGACAAUGCUGCCCACGCUCUCAUCCUGGCUGACCUGCAUACUGCAGGGCAGCUGAAAAUCAAGGCACUGGAUUUCAUUACAGCUCAUGCUUUCGAGGUCUCUGAGACCUCAAGCUGGAAGACAAUGGUGGGCUCCUAUCCCCAUUUGGUGGCUGAAGCAUACAGCUCCCUGGCUUCUGCUCAUUGCUCUUCACUGAAGCCCCCUCCGAAACGCCUCAAGCCAUCUUAG